UCUGUUAUCUGUGCCGUAAAAUCAGUUUUUCUAGACUCUCAUUUGACUCAAGAUGCCUUUUACCGUGAAAAAAGUUGAAGUUCACAUGCAAACAUUUUUAUUUAUUCCGGGGUUUCAUCUCUUGCUUAUGAAAGUCCCUUCUAUCCCCAAACUACAAAAUACUGCCCUAAAGUGUAUUUAAAUCCUUUGUUUUAAUCUUCCGUUGAAAGCAUAUAUCUCCUGGGAUUUAUUUUUGCACGUAACAUGAGGCAGGGGACAGAACAACUAAAUAAUUCAAUUGUCAGGCAUAUAAAGAGCUAGAUAGAGUAAAAACGAAUUGGAAAGCGCCGAAGGAGCGGCGAACGAGUCCACCUCGGGUAUUUACACAAGCAGGAUUAAGGUCAGAUUUUGGAAGCAUUUCCGGUACGGUUUAAAACUGUCUUAAAACUGUCGGGGUGGGAAGGCGAUUUGUAAUGCAAGCAGCCUAGCAUCUUAACCUUCCGCUCCCUAGUGUCCUCGGGACGAUGAGAUGGUUUCCUAUCUAGGAACGUUGGAUACGGAUCCUCUCCGCGCCUCUAUCUAUCUAACAGCCAGCUAACAACCAAUUGAGAAAAUCACCUACUGAGGCUGCUCAAAACAUUCCAAGCCAUCACAGGCAAAAACUCCCUGAGGAACCAACCGUCCAAUUGCGAGAGGCUCGCCAGAGCGACGACUCUCCGCGCAUGUGCGCCCUCAGUUGAAACUCUUUAGCAAGCCCCAGCUUCCGGCCGGCGGCGCAUGCGCGGUUCUGGUUGCUGUGCGCUCGGAGCUACUCUGUGGGUCAGCACGGUACUCAAGGGCCUCUGGGAAGAUGGCGGGGGCGGGCAUGGCUACCCUGGGCUCUUGGGUACCUCGUCGGAGGUGGGGCAGAGAGGCCGUCUUCUUAGGCUUCUACCGUGGCCUCAGCGCGUUACUUGCAAGGAAGUCGGAGCGGACGCCACGGUGGGUCCCAGGUUUGAUUACUCAGGAGUUGGAAAUUCGGAUGGUAACUUACAAGAAUGCACAGUGGGAAAGUGGAGAAAAGAUGUUCUUUCUAUAAUUGAUGACUUAGCUGAAGGACCACAGAUACUUGUUGGAUCUAGCCUCGGUGGAUGGCUUAUGCUUCAUGCUGCAAUCGCAAGGCCACAAAAGGUCGUUGCUCUUAUUGGUAUAGCCACAGCUGUAGAUGGCCUAGUGAUCCAGUUUAAUCAGCUCCCUGUUGAGGUAAAAAAGGAAAUAGAGAUGAAAGGUGUGUGGAGCAUGCCAUCAAAAUACAGUGAAAAAGGAGUUUAUGACAUUCAGUACAGUUUCAUUAAAGAAGCUGAACACCACUGCUUGUUACAUAGCCCUAUUCCUGUGAACUGCCCUAUAAGAUUGCUCCACGGCAUGAAAGAUGACAUCGUACCUUGGCAUACAUCCAUACAGGUUGCCGACCGAGUAGUCAGCAAAGAUGUAGAUGUCAUCCUCCGAAAAAACAGUGAUCACAGAAUGAAGGAAAAAUCGGACAUUCAACUUCUUGUUUACACUAUUGAUGACUUAAUUGAUAAGCUUUCAACUGUAGUUAACUAGAAUCACAUUUUUAGUUGGUAUGAACUAACGGAUCCAGAAAAUUGGAAGAAGGAUGAAAGACCCUGAUACUUGGGUUUUUUCCUCUUAUGUCUCUGUUUUGUAAAUAUCACAUGAGUAUUUAUUUAACGCUGUAUGAUAUAAGUGAUACAAAUUGUGAUGAAAGUAUAAGCUGCCGCCUGGAAAAUUUUCUUCCUUCUGUCGUUGAUUUCUUUUAAUUGAAGUAGAGUUGACACAGUGUUAUAAUAGUUUCAGGGAUACAACAUAGUGGUUGGACAGCUCUAUAUGUUAUGCUAUGCUCACCACAGAUGUAGCUGCCACCUGUCACCAUGCAGCACUGUUAGAGUGCCACCGACUGUUCCCUCUGCUGUGCCUUUCAUCCCGUGACCCACUCAUUCUGUACCUGGAAACUUGUGUCUCCCAGUCCCCUUCACCUAUUUUUGCCCAUCCCCCCACCCUCUCCCUUCCGACAACCACCAGUUUGUUCUCUGCAUUUAUGGGUCUGUUUCUGCUUUGUUUGUUGUUUGUUUUGCUUUUUAGGUUCCACAUAAAAGUGAAAUAAUACUGUGUUGUCUUUCUCUUGUCUGACUUCACGUAACCUAGUACCCUCUAGGUCUGUCCAUGUUGCGUGUUGAUUUUUUUUAUUACUAAAAGAUUUCCUACGUUUUUAUUUGAGGUAAUUUGUUUGCUAAAUGCUUAUGUUAAGCAGCACAGCUCUUAAUUGUGUUCUCUUCUACUUAGAAUUGUUAAUAAAGCUUGAAUUUUUUUGUCCUUUGUCGAUCAUAUAUGGAAAUUUGUAAAAUUGCUUCUGAUUUUAAAAUGCUAUUCACAAAAUACAGGACGAUGUUUAUUGAAGUAAAUCUGAAACGAUUGGAAAAAAUGAGGUAUGAUAAAGUUCAAAAUGUCAGAAUAUGACUAUUAAAUUCUACAUGUUAUAUUUGA